AUGAACUUAGAAACAACAUCUAAUAACUUCUGGGAGGUGAUCAGCGAUGAGCAUGGCAUUGAUCCCACCGGUGCCUACCAUGGAGACAGCGAUCUACAGCUAGACAGAAUCAGCGUCUAUUACAAUGAGGCCACAGGUGGAAAAUAUGUUCCACGAGCCGUCCUGGUGGAUCUGGAGCCUGGCACAAUGGACUCAGUCUGGUCGGGUCCCUUCGGGCAGAUCUUCAGACCCGAUAACUUCGUCUUUGGACAGAGUGGAGCUAGAAACAACUGGGCCAAGGGCCACUACACUGAGGGAGCCGAGCUGGUGGACUCCGUCCUGGAUGUCGUGAGGAAAGAGGCGGAGAGUGUGAUUGCCUCCAGGGCUUCCAGCUCACUCACUCCCUGGGUGGCGGUACUGGAUGUCAGCCUCAAAAUGGCUGCCACGUUUAUCAGCAACAGCACUGCCAUUCAGGAGCUCUUCAAGCGCAUCUCUGAGCAGUUCACCGCCAUGUUCCGUCGUAAGGCCUUCCUCCACUGGUACACCGGGGAGGGCAUGGAUGAGAUGGAGUUAACAGAGGCAGAAAGCAACAUGAACAACCUGGUGUCCGAGUACCAGCAGUACCAGGACGCCACCGCUGAGGAGGGCGAGUUUGAGGAAGACGGAGAUGAGGAAGUCGCCUAA